AUGCUGUGGGUAACCUUCUGUGUGACGUUCUUACUUGUGCCUAUUUACGCAGUCAUGUAUCUCUGUCGAUGGAAGAUUUACAGUACGUUGUCGAGGCCGUCUUUCGUACAACAUCACACUACUACAGUUUGUAUUCAGAGACUUGUAAAGGCACUCACCGUGCAAUCGAUAAUUCCACUGUUCACUGUCUUUCCUGCUUCGAUAUCAUUUAUGUUGACACAGUUUGGAAUGGUUCACUACCAUUUUUAUUGCUACUUCAUCACAUCAUGUUUGAGUCUUGCCACUCUCAUCGAUCCAGUUGUGACGAUCUACUACGUGAGUCCGUAUCGGCGAUUCGUCAAACGGUGUCUAGGAUGGAGCCGGAAGAAUUCGAAAGAGACAAGGUUGAAGCGUGUAUCAUCGGAGAGGACGAGCAGUUUUCGGAAGUCCUUCAAAAAAGUCCUGCAGAUUCCCGAUUUCCACAAUCCUGCAGCUCUGUGA